AUGGCGAACAUCGCGGGGCAGCUAAAACGUGGAAUCUCGAGGCAAUUCUCCACUGGAUCGCUUCGACGUACGCUUAGCCGUCAGUUCACGCGUCAGUCAUCGCACGAUCCUCGCCGGAACAAUAUGCGAUUCAGCUUCGGCCGGCAAUCUUCUCUCGAUCCGAUUCGCCGGAGUCCAGACGGCUCUGGCCGUCCGCAGCUCGCCGUCCCCGAUAACCUCGACGCCACUAUGCAGCUCCUCUUCGUGGCCUGUAGAGGAGACGUGGAAGGUGUCCAGGAUCUGCUCGACGAAGGGAUCGACGUCAAUAGCAUCGAUCUCGACGGUCGAACCGCUCUCCACAUCGCCGCCUGUGAAGGCCACGUCGACGUUGUGAAGCUCCUCCUCACUAGGAAGGCCAACAUCGAUGCUCGUGAUCGUUGGGGAAGCACGGCAGCUGCUGAUGCUAAGUACUAUGGUAACAUAGACGUUUUCAACAUUUUGAGAGCCCGUGGAGCCAAAGUUCCGAAAACCAAAAGGACGCCGAUGGUUGUGGCGAAUCCUCGUGAAGUUCCUGAAUACGAGUUAAAUCCACAAGAACUUCAAGUUCGGAAAGCUGAUGGUAUCUCAAAGGCAAGAGCUCUUUGCUUCAUAUUUCGUCUGGCUAAAUGGAAUGGGACUAAGGUAUCUGUAAAGAUACUUGAUAAAGAUCUCUACAAGGACCCUGAAACCAUAAAUGCCUUCAAACACGAACUUACUUUAUUCGAAAAGGUUCGUCAUCCUAAUGUUGUGCAAUUUGUUGGAGCUGUUACUCAAAAUGUCCCCAUGAUGAUCGUAUCUGAGUAUCAUCCUAAAGGUGAUCUCGGGAGCUAUCUUCAAAAGAAAGGACGCCUUUCUCUAUCCAAAGUUCUAAGAUUUGCCCUGGAUAUAGCCAGGCAUGUACCUUUUGUUUUGCAAGAUUGUGCCAGAAAUCUUAUGCUCGAUAAUGGAGGACACGUGAAGGUGGCGGGAUUUGGAUUGAUAAGUUUUGCAAAGUUAUCAUCUGAUAAAUCAAGAAUCCUUAAUCAUGGAGCACAUAUAGAGCCUUCAAAUUACUGUGUGGCGCCUGAGAUUUACAAAGAUGGGAUAUUUGACAGGAGUGUGGAUUCAUACUCUUUUGCUGUCGUAUUGUAUGAGAUGAUUGAAGGAGUACAACCUUUCCACCCUAAGCCCCCAGAAGAGGCAGCGAAGCUAAUGUGCUUAGAAGGAAGAAGACCUUCGUUUAAGGCCAAGUCCAAAAGUUGUCCCCAAGAGUUGAGAGAAUUGAUUGAGGAGUGUUGGGAUACGGAAACUUUUGUUAGGCCGACAUUUUCUGAGAUCAUAGUUCGACUGGACAAGAUAUUUACACACUGCUCAAAACAGGGAUGGUGGAAAGAUACGUUCAAGUUUCCUUGGUAA